AUGAACUGGGCAUCCCUGCAAGGCCUCCUGAGUGGGGUCAACAAGUACUCCACGGCGCUGGGCCGCAUCUGGCUGUCCGUGGUGUUCAUCUUCCGGGUCCUGGUGUUUGUGGUGGCAGCUGAGGACGUGUGGGACGAUGAACAGAAGGACUUCGUCUGCAACACCAAGCAGCCGGGCUGCCCCAACGUCUGCUACGACGAGUUCUUCCCCGUGUCCCAUGUGCGCCUCUGGGCCCUGCAGCUCAUCCUGGUCACAUGCCCCUCGCUGCUGGUGGUCAUGCACGUGGCCUACCGCGAGGAGCGAGAACGGAGGUACCGCCAGAAACAUGGACCCAACGCCCCGGCCCUGUAUGACAACCCAAACAAAAAGCGGGGCGGGCUCUGGUGGACAUACUUGCUGAGUCUCGUCUUUAAGGCUGCCGUGGACUCUGGCUUUCUCUACGCCUUCCACAUCCUGUACCAGGGGCAUUACGACAUGCCCCGCGUGGUGGCCUGCUCCGAGUCGCCCUGCCCCCACACAGUGGACUGCUACAUCUCCCGACCCACGGAGAAGAAGGUCUUCACCUACUUUAUGGUGGCCACAGCCGUGAUCUGCAUCCUGCUCAACCUCAGUGAGGUCAUCUACCUGGUGAGCAAGAGGUGCCUGGAGAUUUUUAGCUCCAAGCGCCAGUGGUCUCGGCGCCAGAGUCGCCUGCGUGAUUCAUGCCCACCAUAUGCCCUCUCCCAGGUGGAGCACCCCCAAGAUGGGAACUCGGUCCUAAUGAAGGCCAGCUCAGCCUCGGUGGAUGCAGGUGGGUAUCCAUGACCUAUGAGGCUGGCAACUGGACCACCAUGUCCCCUACCUGCUCCCUAAGGCCAGAGCAGG